AUGUCCCUGAUCCCCACAUGCUAUCUGGGAUCUUGUUUUCUUCUGAGCCAAAAUGAUAUCACCAUUGGGUAUCACCAGCAUAGUUGCCGUUCAGAGAAUCUUGCAGCAGGAUCCCGGCUCACCUUAUCUGAUACCUUAAUUUGGAUUUCGUUUGGACUUCAUCCAGCUUCCUUAGAAACUGGCCAGAUCCGAGCUGGAUCCAGAGUUGCAUACAGACCAAUUUCUGCAUCAGUGUUAUCUCGACCAGAGGCUAGGACUGGAGAGGGCUCUACAGUAUUUAAUGGGGCCCAGAAUGGUGUGCCUCAGCUAAUCCAAAGGGAGUUUCAGACCAGUGCAAUCAGCAGAGACAUUGAUACUGCUGCCAAAUUUAUUGGUGCAGGUGCUGCAACAGUAGGAGUGGCUGGUUCUGGUGCUGGUAUUGGAACAGUCUUUGGCAGCCUUAUCAUUGGUUAUGCCAGAAACCCUUCGCUGAAGCAGCAGCUGUUCUCAUAUGCUAUCCUGGGAUUUGCCUUAUCUGAAGCUAUGGGUCUUUUUUGUUUGAUGGUUGCUUUCUUGAUUUUGUUUGCCAUGUAACAGAAAUUACUGCUUGAAAUGUUGGCAUUCAUAUUAAUUAUGGAUGUAAUUCUGUGUACCUUACUGUGACUCCGAGCACUAUAGUAUUGGUGUCAUGGAAAUAGACAUUAUUUCCAAAGUCAUUUCAUUAAAGAUGAAAACUUUAAUUUUUGCUGUGAUUUGUACUUCCCUACAUUUAGAUCAUCACAAAGAAGGACAUGCAUUCAGGCAGAUGCUGUACAAGUCAGAGGGAACUACAGCCGUUGCCUCACUGAUGAAAAAGAUCCUAAUGUAAUUUUUAUGGGAAUUCUUUUAUAUAGUGUCUGAACAUUGUAAAUUAUAGGGUUUUUGAUUCAUUAAAGGAGAAAUAUUUGAGUGCUUUA